AUGGCCACGUGGACGCAGUUUGUCGACCGAUGCCUCCAGAACAGGCUCAGCGCGGACAAGCUUGAGACGUUUGCUGUCCAGCUGAGUAAGAGGAUUCCCCGUGAUGAGAGCCAGCUCGCAGAGGCGUUGCUGCGGCCCCGGUCCCGAGCAACGGCCUGCUUGGACCCGCUCAUUCCCGUCUACCUUGAGCGCCUUCUGGUGCUGAACUUUCUCAACCCUCCCGAGAUCCUUUACGCCCUUUUCCGGUAUUCUCGGGACUAUGCUGCUACUGAUGAGCAUUCCAUCCAAAGACAGCGUCCCCAGCAAUGGUAUAUUACUCCGGAGCUGGAGGAACUGGUGUUUGCCCGCCUUUCAAAGGCUUUCGUCACCAGCGAACGACCUCGCACCGUGGUGGAGGUGCAAAAAACACUGGCCAUUUUGGCUCAGUGGAUGAAUGCUGUCAAUUCCUCCCAGACAGCCGAGUCCGUUAUGCAUUCGCUGGCAGAUGGAACUCAGGGACAGCGCACGCAAACCGUACUGAGUCUGAGCAUGCUCAUUAUUGCUGUUCUGGAGCACCCCAAAGUUGCAGGCGUGGUUGAAAUGGCAUUACCGAAAGAUAAUGCAAGCAGUGGUAUGAACGACGGAACCGGGAGCCAUGGCCUUGACGUCUCCGUCCUCCAGCUCGAAACUGUUAUGGACCUCCCCAUCAUCAAUAGCCGCGCAGGGCUCUAUGUGUUCGUCAACUCUCUGCUUAUUGCUCGCCCCUUGACCGACGACAACAUGAUCCUAAACUACCUUCAUGCACGCUACAAGGUUGACUAUCAAUCCAUGAUUGUUGAUCUCAUAACUGCGUCGUUUGACGUCCUCGCCGCAAACACGACGUAUCGGAGCGAGUCGAACGAAACGAUAUUCAACUUUCGCUCAUUCCUGAUAAACAAAGUGCCCUCGCUAGUCGCCAUCCUGGCUGCCUCUAUAUUCCCAACCACCACUCCGGAGCUUUGCAUAACCCAGGCAUUGAACCACAUCGACCGAAAUGCUUUCCCCUCUUUUUCCCAAACCUUUGAUAUGGCGCCAGUAAACAGUCUGCUCUCAGAUGUUCGUCAGGACUUCCUGGUUGCUUGCGCACUGCACCAGCUUAUCCCCGACUCCAGCAUCGAGCGUCUGCUGGGAGAGACUCCGAUGAGUAGUGUUCCUGUUGGGGGGAAGUACAUCAAAGAGAAUCUGGUAGCGCAAUGCUCAACAAACUUUGAGCGAGUUGAAGAGCUCCUGAAUGAGAUUGAGGGUAUGGAUGGAAAUGCGUGUGCGAUAGUGGGAGCAAUGACCGACAUCAUCCGGAAUCUGUGCGCUACCAGGGAGACGAUGUCUCUCAAGACGAUUUGCAAUACCCUCUCGCGGAAGCCUCGAUCUCUGGAUGUUAUGCUACAAUAUACAUCACCGGCAAGCAUCUUGCAACCCCUGUGCCAGCUUCUAGACUCGUGGAAAAAUGAUGAGGACCAGAGCGAGUACCAGCCGGUAUAUGACGAGUUCGGCUCCGUGCUGCUGCUUGUGCAAGCUUUCAUGCACCGGCACGAUCUGAAGGCUUCUGACCUUGGCUUAGACGAUGCUUCCUUCGUCGUCCAAUUAUUGGAACGGGGACACAAAAGCCUUGGCGCAAAUGAACUCAACGAAGACCAAGACAAAUACCUUGCUGGCUGGCUCCGCGGCCUAUACGAUCCAGAAGGCAUCAGUGACGAGCUUUUGUCGAACUGUAAGCCUCAGGACUUUUACCUACUUGUUCCUACGAUAUUCAGUCAGACGAUAUUCGCCUGCUCCGCUGAUGUCCUCCCUCUCGAUACGGUCAAAGCCGGCCUGGAAUCGAUUAAGUUCACAAUGCAACACCUUACGAGCUGGAACUCCACCGCCGAUCUCACACCCACACCGCCAGCGUACACACACCGCCAAAUAUUCAGCGCCCUGCAGAUUGUUGGGGCGCAGAAGGUCCUUCGUGCCAUUCUUGAGGAACUCAAGAACCAGACCGUGGCUGGUGCCGGGGCUGUUGCGCUUGAUAUCGCCGUCAAUAUUGUCUGCGCGCCGCUCCACGUCAAUAGCUGUACACCGGUCUCAUGGAUUAACUCCCACGUGCCCAUCCACAACCCACAAAGGAACGGAUCCUUCAGUCUGCGUGAGAUGCUCAAACAUGAGCUCGAUGACCCAGCUUCCUUGAUUCAGGCGGAUCCUGGUCUCGCAGAAGCAGCCAUCCGUCUACACCGUCGGGUAGAAGCGCAACUUGCUGAGGCAGCGGCGGCCGGCGUUCAUCUCCCCACAUCUGGCACCACUGCCGCGGAUGCUGCGGCCCUCGAUGGAAGUCUCAUGCAGGGUAUUGAAAUGGGCGACGUUAGCGUCGACAUUUCGGCUGCAGGAGCAGCUGACGUUGCGUCAACCGCCGGUGGCGCGACGGGCGCCAACACUUCCACGGCAGCUAUCGAUCAGAGUGGACUAGACAUCACCGCUGACCUUGGUGGUGCAGCAGACGGGACGGCACCGAGCUUGGAUGACUUGGGCCUGGGUGGCGAUAGCAGUAUGGACGGCGUCUUGGAUGCAGCAGGCACGGGGACGGCGGACGACGAUGUUUUUUCAGGGCUCAUGGGUUUCGAUGAUGAUUUGAACUUUUAG